UCCCCCGCGGCGGGAAAGAGCCGAGUGGGCUCGAGGCCGACGCGACCAUCAUUUGUCGACGCCGCUGCCGCUGCCUUCCUGAGAGAAGCCGUCGCGGCCGUCCCCACCGCCUCCGCCGGCUACCAUGUCCGCCCAGGCGCAGAUGCGGGCCCUGCUGGACCAGCUCAUGGGCACGGCUCGGGACGGAGACGAAACCAGACAGAGGGUCAAGUUUACAGAUGACCGUGUCUGCAAGAGUCACCUUCUGGACUGCUGCCCACAUGACAUCCUCGCUGGGACGCGCAUGGAUUUAGGAGAAUGUACCAAAAUCCACGACUUGGCCCUCCGAGCAGAUUAUGAGAUUGCAAGUAAAGAAAGAGACCUGUUUUUUGAAUUGGAUGCAAUGGAUCACUUGGAGUCCUUUAUUGCGGAAUGUGAUCGGAGAACUGAGCUCGCCAAGAAACGGCUGGCAGAAACACAGGAAGAAAUCAGUGCGGAAGUUUCUGCAAAGGCAGAAAAAGUACAUGAGUUAAAUGAAGAAAUAGGAAAACUCCUUGCUAAAGCCGAACAGCUAGGGGCUGAAGGUAAUGUGGAUGAAUCCCAGAAGAUUCUUAUGGAGGUGGAAAAAGUUCGUGCGAAGAAAAAAGAAGCUGAGGAAGAAUACAGAAAUUCCAUGCCUGCAUCCAGUUUUCAGCAGCAAAAGCUGCGUGUCUGCGAGGUCUGUUCAGCCUACCUUGGUCUCCAUGACAAUGACCGUCGCCUGGCAGACCACUUCGGUGGCAAGUUACACUUGGGGUUCAUUCAGAUCCGAGAGAAGCUUGAUCAGUUGAGGACGCUGGUUGUGUGGCAGAAUGAGCUGAUGACUCUCACCUGGCAGGAAGCCUCCACCACGCCUGGCCUUGUUCAUCUUUUUUUCCCCCUUUUAGGUCGGGAUCAAGAACCAGAGAUCGCAGGAGGUCACGCUCCCGGGAUCGGCGUCGGAGGCGGUCAAGAUCUACCUCCCGAGAGCGACGGAAGUUGUCCCGGUCCCGGUCGCGAGAUAGACAUCGGCGCCACCGCAGCCGUUCCCGGAGCCACAGCCGGGGACAUCGUCGGGCUUCCCGGGACCGGAGUGCGAAAUACAAGUAACUACUCUGACUCCUUCGGUAGCUGCAACCAGGAGUUCUCCAGAGAGCGGGCAUCCAGAGAGGAGUCCUGGGAGAGCGGGCGGAGCGAGCGAGGGCCCCCGGACUGGAGGCUUGAGAGCUCCAACGGGAAGAUGGCUUCACGGAGGUCAGAAGAGAAGGAGGCCGGCGAGAUCUGAACCCGUCUCCCGGGUGCUGUAAAUAGUCUGAUAAACGUUCACACAGUCUAAAAUUACCCUUUAUAUUUGCUGAAUACAACUCAUCUUUUGUAGUUUAAAAUUUCUAUUGUUUUGGAGCUAGCUGUGAGUUUCUAGAAUUGUACAGAGUUGCUCCUGUGUUCUGGGGUCAUGUUGAGUAGGAAUAAAUAAAUCUGACGACUGCCUCCUGAGGCUGCAGUGGGGUCUCUGCUG